AUGUCAAAUACUAUGAACGAUACUGGUAUUUGUGGCUUUCUUUGGGUAACUUGUUCUAGACUUCGAACAUGUGAUUCUUCCAAUAAUACAUGUCAACAGCCUGAUACGAUCUGUGUCCGACAUCCUCAAUGUCAUGAUUAUCCAAUUUGUUAUCCGGUAACAAUGACUGAUGAACGAAUCUGUCCACCGAUAAUAAAAAAAUGGAAUAACACUGGUAAUAUGAAUAAUGCACGACAUCAUCAUACCACAACUGUCCUGUCAGAUGGACAUGUAUUAGUUACUGGUGGGGAUACGAUUGGUUCUUUAGAUAGUGCUGAAUUAUAUGAUCCAUCGACAGAAACUUGGACAAUUACUGGGAACAUGAAUGUUGCACGAAGUCAACAUACAGCAUCCAUAUUAAUAGAUGGAAAAGUGUUAGUUACUGGCGGAUAUAAUGGUAAUCGUCUAGCUAGUGCUGAAUUAUAUGAUUUAUCAACAAAAACUUGGUUAGCCGUUGGUAAUAUGAAUUAUGCACGAUCUGAUCAUAUCGCAUCUACAUUAACAAAUGGAAAAGUACUAGUUUCUGGUGGAUAUGGCACUACUUAUAUAAAUAGCUCUGAAUUAUAUGAUCCAUCAAGUGAGACUUGGACAAUUACUGGUGAGAUGAAGUAUUCACGAGACCAUCAUACAGUAUCUUUAUUACCAAAUGGAAAAGUGUUAGUGACUGGUGGAUAUGGUGGAACUUAUUUGGGUGGUAAUAGUUAUUUAGACAAUACUGAAUUAUAUGAUCCAUCGACAGAAACUUGGACAACUUCGGGUAAAAUGAAUUCCGCACGAUAUGAACAUAGAGCAUCUUUGUUACCAAAUGGAAGAGUAUUAGUUACUGGUGGACGAAUCGGUAAUGCUAAACUAAAGAGUGCUGAGUGGUAUGAUCCUGUGACAGAAAAGUGGACUAUUACAAGUGAUAUGAAUUAUGGACGACAUUUUCAUACAGCAACCGUUUUAACAAAUGGAAAAGUACUAGUUACUGGUGGCUGUGGUGAUAGUCCUGAUAGAAGUGUUGAAUUAUACGAUCCAUUAACAGAAACUUGGACAAUUAUGAGUGACAUGAAUUAUGCACGACAACAUCAUCGUGCAUCUUUAUUACCAAAUGGAAAAAUAUUGGUUACUGGUGAGCGUAUUGAUUUUAGUACAGCUUUAAAUAGUGCAGAACUAUAUUGA